AUGAACAUAGAUCAGCAAGAAUCUACAGAAGCAUUGCCACGUAGACGAGACAUUGCGCAAAGAUUGACGAGGCCUGUGUCGGAAAUACUGGGAUCUACUGCAGACGCAGCUGCGCCUGAAGAAGCUUCGACGGAGUCACGUUGGCUUUCUGGGCUAUCCCGCCUGCCCAAGUCAUUCUCAACAGAUAAAUUGCCUGCGUUACGGACAGUUGCCAGUCAGGAGUCGCCCCUUAAAGCCGCGCCGGUGCCGCGAAUCUUGAGCCCUGAAUCGACGACGAGCAGCACAUUUGCAGUCCUCAAAAGAAGGGAUGAACUGUGGAGCGUGUUUCGAAAUCUAGACGCAGAGUAUGCCAGAUUUGCAAGCAAGUCGACAGCUCUGAAGGCGAAUGUGGUUCGAUCCUCGUUGCUGCCAUUUCUUAGAUCAUACGCUAACCAUUCAUCGAAUCGGAAUCUGAGGCCAGAGGAUCUUGAUAGGAGGAUCAACAUCCUGAACAAAUGGUGGACCGGACUUCUGGAGAUGCUGCACGGCCAGAACAAUCAAUCAAUUUCAGGGACCGAUCGCCCAGUCACAUUGGACGCUGUGAUGGGUAUCAUGGAUCGACCAGAAUGGCGAUCGGCGCCAUCACCAUUCUGUCCAAUACAUCAGCUUUCCACAGACGAUCCUUUGACCAACAGUCGACCAGCGAGCUCGAGUCAGGAAAGCCCAUCAGAUUUCCUGACUGCGUCAGUGCACCACAAUGUCAAAAACAUCUUCAUUCAAAAUUUGACAUCUCAAAUGGCUUUUGUGGUAGAUAAGAUGUCUCUUCGCAACGCCUCAGCCAGCCUGGUGGCGUUCUGCGGCAAAGCGAUAGCAUUUGCUUUCAUGUUCGUGCCCGGGCUGGCCGAUGUGCUUAUCAGAUUAUGGCAGGUCCCUGUAGACACCCUCGGCCGUGUUCUCAACGAGAACGAUGUUAGCAAGUUCGACACAAUUGAUGAUGUGAUGUACGAGAAUGUGUCGACUCGAUUCCCUCCCCCCUUGCACACUCUCGGAUUCAGAUCACUAGCUACCUACAUGCGACAACUGCGCACAUCACCUCUUCUACCUCUAGGGACUACUGAUAUAAACUGGCGGGGAGCUUGGUUAGAUCGUUGGACCGGCCGGGAGAGUGAUCUCUUCUACGUCUUCGUUAAGCACUUUCAUAUCCUUUCCUCGGAUUUCCUGCCAUUGUCCUCUAGCAAGCGGGAUCGUAUUUGCAGUCCUGGACUGCUAAUCGUUCAAGCACAGAUGCUAAGAAUGUUCGAUGCAUCGCUCCAUCGCAUUGCAAGCGCUGCACCACAAGAUUUAACAAGCAACUCCCCAACAUUUGACGAUCUACUUGCCGACCCGGACGCUAUUGCAUCAACGAUCCCCUUCGCACCUGCGAAUGCGAUCAGAAUAAUGGCGGAGAACCGGCUGAUAAUGCUUGUCCGCGAUUUCCUUUCCGAGCGAACCUGUGAUCAUCCGAUAGCGAGAGAUCUCUUUGCCCGAUCCUUCAACGAUCUUCUACAAGCGUCAGCCCGUAGGGUAUCAAUAUACGACCAUGGCGCAUGCUACACACUCCUGGACUUUCUCGAAGAAGCCCUUGUCAUAAUCGUCCGCUACGAACAAGCUAGAGGAGCAUCGGGUACGAUCAUCAACUCGAACUUUUGGCAGAAUGUGUGCAAGAGGAUGAUUAGCAGCGAGAAUACCAUGACUGAAAUUCGUCUCUACGCAUUUCUGUACACCAUAUGGCCCACAGUGGUUGUGGACCCUGAGCGCCGGAGAGACCUCUGUCUCGGCCUCUUACUCGACGAGCAUGUUUUUCAAAGCCGGUUCAACCACUGGUGUCCGAUGGUCCGAGCCUAUUAUAUGCGACUGACAUGCUGGCGCGUCGGUAGGUAUGACGGCGAGUCUGCAAAUCCAGAUGACAUCGAAAUUCUUGAGACGCUGCUUAAACGCCUGCGAACAACGUGGUCGUUCUUCCUGCACCUCUACGAUGCAGCGCAGGGCGACUGGCGGAAACUACCAGUCACCAGCCCUUCUUAUCCCACUCCUGGAAGACGAUUGCUGAUCAUCCGGACGGAUGCAGUCUCCUCGCAUCAUGACCAUUUUCAGUCGUUCGACGCCAUUGCGACAGCACCGACGCAGCGAGCGCGGCUCAAUGGUUGGAAGAGAGUCUCGAGUGCUUCUAACUUCAACGAGCACGAAAAGCGACUUGAUUCUGAGCAAUCGAGGCCCAAUUCGGAUACAGACACUUCGCCAGAAGAGGGUUCCUUUGGUGGCUUCAUACGCAGAAUGAUUGGUUCGCGAGCGAGGUCUCAAUCACAAGAACCAGCUUCAUCGACUGCUAGCAGGCAUGAAGCCCUACCAUCCGCAGACUUAGACAUUUCCAUGUCGAUGCAAAGUGGCGGCGCUUACCCUUCGAUGAAACAUGGAGCCGCCACCGAGAAGCCUGCGUCGAGAUCGCAGUCAGAGCUCAUGAAUAGACCACGGACUGAGAGUUACAGCUUCAAAUUCUCGCUCGAGUUCGUAUCAUCGGCCAAGACACCAGCACCGCCUCUACGACUAUUUCCUCCGCGAUUGCCAGGGCCAGCGCAUGAGCUUUUGCUCGCACGCUCCACAGAUCCAUCAAACCCAUCGGCGUCAGCACAAUCUCUCUUCACACCCUGUCGUGCCGUCGCGCCAAGCGACCAAGAUGUCGCACACGCGCGAUAUUGCGGACGAGCCCUCGCGGAAUGGACGAUCGUGGUCGGCGAGUGCCGAAGCUUUUUUGAGCGUCGGAAGACGGAAGGCGUGCCGAGUAAUCGACGCGUAGAGACACCUCUGCUGGGCGUCGAGGUCUUCCGACGUCCGACGUAA